CCAUGCAAGAAACGGCGAGAGGAAGAUAAUUCUGUAAAAACAAUCACAAGAUAUUUUUCACCAUUAGCAAAACCAGUGGAUAAAGUGUUGUCGCCACCAAAACCCAACAAUAUAUUGGAUUAUUUUAAAAAGACAUCUGUAACUGAGAAAGCUACAUUACCAAUUGUAGCUGGAGAAAAUAAAACACCGCUGGAUGCUGAUGACAAAGACUGUAAGUCACCUUUUGAACAACCUUUAAAGAGGAAGAGGAAAGGGAAGAGAGUUAAUUUAAAUAAUAAGCUAAGAGAGAUGAAAGAAUCUGAGAAUGAACAUGAAAUAAAAGUUAGUAGUGAUGACAGCAGAGAAACAACAGGACUGAAACAAAACAGUAAUGAUUCUAUUGCCACUUGUACUUUAGUUGACCAAAAAUGUGCAAGAGAAUCAGCAGAAGAUAAUGUGCAAAGAGAAAACUUCUCCAGUGUUGUCAUCUACAGAAAAAAUGCGAAGAAAGUUGGUUUUGAAAUGAAUGGAACAAAAAACAGGGCAAGAAAAUCAAGGAAAAGGAAACACAAUGUAAAUAUGGAUUUGUCUGAAAGUUUUUCAUCUGAAAACCAGCUGAAUGAAAAGCAGAAAAAGGAAACUGAAGAUAAGAAAAAGGGGGUAUCUCCUACAAUAGCAGAGUGUGCCGCUACUAUUAGUGACUCCAGUGUUGAACUUCAAGCGGAUGAUAAGACCUCACAGGUCAAUAAUAGUAUAAUAACAGUGUCAUUUGAGGACUUCUUGAAGAGUCAGGGAGAAAAUAUUGUAGAUCACGUUGAAGACACAAAGCCAACAAUGGACAAUUCUGCUACAGCAAAUGAAAUGGACAAAAGUGGUAGUGUGAGUGACCCAGAAAAGUGUGAGGAAUCUCAACAGCUGCCACUUAGAACAGUAACCGUCCUUGCACAAGUUCAUUCCAUUCCCCCCAAAUUAUCUCUGUUACACAAGGAGCAAAAAGGCUCCAGGAAAAUAGCUUCCAUUUUUUUGAAGCAGAAAGGAUGUGUAGGGGAAAAAGAAAGUAGCCCACCCUUCUUGGACAGUGAACAAACUGAACAGGUUACUCAGAAAAGAAAAUCUAAUGUGGUUAUUGAGGAAGAAGAACUGGAAUUAGCUGUACUAGAGACUGCAGGGUCAGAUUCUUUGAAGCCAAAAUGCACUCUGGAAGAAAGGCAUCAGUUUAUGAAGGCAUUUAGACAACCAACGUCAGAUGUUAUAAAAAGCGGAGUUAAAAAGGCGCCUGGAAAACAAAAGCAAGCCAUUGGAAAGUCUUCUAAAGAAAAAGAAGGACCUGAAGGUGACAUUGCCUCAAAUAAAGGAUUAGAAAGUGGAGUACCAGAAGAUUAUGUGGAUAAAUAUACACAUUCUAGUCCUGACAACAAUAGAACUAAAAUCAGAAGACCUAAAAACUUUCAGAAAAAAGGAAACAGAAGAAGGAAGGCUUCAGAAACUAAGGAAACAAAUGUCUCAAACACUAGCAAUUAUAAUGAAGAUGAGAAUUCAGGAGCUAACGUUCUUACUGAGGAAAACACCUUAGAUGUGAGACUUUCAUCAAGUCCGAAAGCGAAUGACUUAAGGAGGAGUUUGAGGCAGAAGAAAAUCAAAACAUCAAAAAAUGUUACACCUAAAAAACCCAAGAUUAGAAAUACCUUUUCUGAAGAUGAAUUAAGUGGCUGUCCUUUUCAGACUUCUACCCCAAAAGCAAGCAAGCACUCCUUGAAGAAAAGCAAUGUGUAUAAAGCCGAGGUGAUUACCGUGCCCUUUGAUGGAAACAGCCCAAUAAGAAUGAGGUUUACACGUAUCAAUGCGACUACAAAAUCAAAUAAAGCUGAAGCAAUGAAAAAUGAAGAGUUUAACUCCAAACACACAAAGAUAAGCUCUACUUCUAAAAAUAUAUCCAAAGCAAAACAGCUGAUUGAAAAAGCAAAGGCUAUGCGGCAUAAUAGAUCAAAGGUUACUGAAGACUUACAGCCUCCUGUGAGGCGCUCAUCUCGGCAGCGAGCUCUUGCUGAAAAGAAAAAAAUACAAGAAAAUGAAGAAUCGGUAAUAAUUUUAGAUUCCAGUCUGAGUGAUACCACUCCUACAGUGCAGAAUGUGAAGCAAAAGAAUCUUCGGAGUUUAAAUGAUGUUUUGGGGAAAAAGUCUAGAAACUUGAAGGUUGUGAAGAACUCAAAUGGAAAACUGGGAUAUCCACCUUCCUUCCUAGGCAGAAAUGCUCAAAACUCUGCAGGUGAACCAAUUGUGAUCUUUGAUGAAAGCAGCCAAGAUGCAUCUGAAAAUUCUCAAGAUGAUGGUCAGUUCAGAGCAAAACGUGAAUUCUUGAUGAGUGGAUUGCCAGAGUCACUGAAAAGACAGAUUGCAAAGAAAGCAGCAGCAAUGGAAGCGUACUCUCUUGCAAGUUCAUGUUUUAAGACUGUUGUCCACGUACAGCAGAAGGAUGACUGUUAUCCAAUGUGGAAACUGAAAUCACCAUCAUGUCCUUUAUUAACUAAGCUAAGGAAACUGAAUACUGAAGUCACUAAUGUCACAAAAAUCACUCUCUCACUUGGUGAAUUUUCCACUGUGAAUUCAAAACUAACUGGAAACUGUUCUGCACCUGUGCUCACUGAACACCGAACAGUUUUUCCUGAUAUAUUCAAGAAAGAUUUACUAGAUGAGAUCAUGUCUUCUAAUUCUCAAUUUCCUGUGAGAAAAUACUUCUACAAGUUUCUGAAAAAGCAAACGGAACGGUUGGGUUUUGAAAAUAGUGUACAAGAAAACAGAGAUGGCACUGCAAAUUCUGAGGUAAAUCGAAAACAUUCUGACAAUUGGAAAGAAACUAAGAGGAAAAGGAAAGAAACAGAAGACCACAAAUCAAAAAGAAGGAAACAAAUUGAAAGUAGAGAGACUGAAAUAAAAUCCAGAGUUUCCAGGAACCUUAUUUCUCCUGGUUCUGGAGGAAAACAAGCAGAGACAGGACAAGCAAUGCAUUUGGGAGAAAACAAGACCCAGAAGCCAGAUGUUGUGACAGUAGACAGUGAAUAUUUAUCAGAGCCAAAUGCAUUUUCAGGUGUUGAAAAGGAAGACAUGCUCUGGACAGAAAAGUAUCAGCCUCAGGAUUCCAGUGAACUUGUAGGGAACAAGAAAGAAAUUGAAAGGCUACACAGUUGGUUAAAAGAAUGGAAAAAAAGAGCUGAUUGGGAAGAAAAAAGAAAUCAGAAAGGGGAAAAGGAGGACAAAGAGCAUCAAGAUUCUUUGGACAGUCUUGACUUUAAAGAUAAUAAAUCUGAUACUGAGGAGGAGACUAGCCUUUGCAAUACAGUUCUGAUAACUGGCCCACCAGGAGUGGGGAAAACUGCUGCAGUAUAUGCCUGUGCUCAGGAGCUUGGUUUUAAGAUAUUUGAAGUCAAUGCCUCUUGCCAGCGUAGUGGUAGACAGAUACUGUCUCAAUUAAAAGAAGCUACUCAGUCUCAUCAAGUGGACAAAAAAGGCAUUAAUGCACAUAAGCCUUGCUUUUUUAACAGUUGUAGCAGUGCCAAGUCACCAAAAAAAAUGUAUUCUCCGAAGAAAGUUAUUUCACCUAGAAAACCUCCACUGUCACCAAAAGGAGCAGGAUUAAAACGAAGCUUACCCCCUAAAACACUUGCAAACUAUUUCAAAAUUUCAUCCAAACAUAAAGGUAAUGAUGGAGCAGUAACAUCACAAGAGAAAAAUAAAGGAAAUACUCAGCAUUCACAUGAAGUAAAGAAAGAUGCUCCAAUUAAGUCAAUAAACAAAGAAGUAGAAGGAGGAGAACCCAACAGAAAAAGUGCAACAUCUCUCAUUCUUUUUGAAGAGGUAGAUAUAAUAUUUGAUGAAGAUGCAGGAUUUCUAAGUGCAAUAAAGACAUUCAUGGCAACUGCAAAGAGACCUGUAAUUCUUACUACCAAUGAUCCAACAUUCAGCUUACUGUUUGAUGGCUAUUUUGAAGAGAUCAACUUUAGAACUCCUUCCUUGAUGAAUGCUGCUAGCUAUCUUCAAGUGCUAUGUCUGGCUGAGAAUCUACGAACAGAUGUAAAAGACUUAGCUGCUCUCUUAACUACAAAUAACUGUGAUAUCAGACAAAGUGUUCUCUACUUACAAUUUUGGGUUAGAAGUGGAGGUGGAUGUUUGAAAGACAAAUGUUUGGCACAUCACGGAGGAGAUGAGACAAAUAAAGCAGAUCAUGUAAUUCAUUCUGGAAAAACUACUGAUUCCAAGAUUGAUUUUUCUCAAGCUGAUGCACAUCUUCAGGAGUUUCCAAAAUGUGAUACAGGCUGUGUAGAGACAUUGCUUGGCCUUAAGAAUAUCCUGUUGCCUUCAGAAGAUUUGUUUACAUUUCUUAAGCACAAAAUCACAACCAUGGAGAAGUGGAAUAAACUGAUGCAGCUUCUCACAGAAUUCCAGAUGAAGAAAGUGGAUUUUAUAUAUAAUAAUCUUGAACUUAUUCUUCCCUUACCAGUGCAAGUUCUUUCAAACCAAUCUGAAGCCUCUAACUCCGUACUUGAAAGGACUACCGUAGCUUCUUCGAAAAACAAAUCUACUAACAGUUAUUGCUCUAGAAAAAGUAGCCCUGGAAAAAAGUCUAAAAAGAGAAAGAACCAGAAAAGGCUUGAUAUAUUGGAUGACAGUGACUUAUUUGAUACUGGACUGAACUACUCAGCUGAAUUCAUAACUUUGCCAUCAGGUAGUCCUACAUCAUGUGCUGAAGUGAAUAAAGAGGAAUCAAAAUUGUUGAUGAAUAAAGAAGAAAAAGAAAUUAAAACCUCACCAAAUGAGAAAAGGUCUGCUCUUGUUUUUCAGUGUCUGAAUUCACUGACUGAGUUUGUGGAGAACAUGUCUUUCUUGGAUUGCUGUGUAAACACUAACACCAAGGAACCACUGGAGUUUUCUAAAGAUGAAGGAUUUAAUUGGACAAAUGGCAAAAUCAAAAAUGGUCUUUGUGAUGAAUUUGGUAUAGAAAAUACUGAUUGGUGCAGUUCCCAGAGCUGUUGUGAAAUAAAGGCAACUAUUGAAGCACUCAGUUUUAACAAAUGUUCUGUUAAUAUUUCGCAAAACUUGGAAUCCUCUUUGAGUGCCAGUAAAACACCUGAAAGUGAUCAGCUGGAGGGACUUACUUUGCAUAUUUCAGACACGAGAAAUUUUGUAUCUUUCAGUCAGUUGGCUGAUUCAAGCAUUCAGAAAAAAGCACAGAAGAGGCUGGCAGUCAUCAGAACUGUAUUUUCCAGAAGUCCUUUAAACCUGGGUAAUAAGCAAGCCAGCAUACUUGAAUACCUCCCCACUCUUCGCAGUAUCUGUAGGUCUGAGAAGCUUAAAGAGCAAGGGAAGACUAAAAGAAGGUUCUUGCAUUACCUUGAAGGGAUUCACCUCAAAAUACCAAGACAAAUGAUAAAUGGUCUGUCUCUGGACUUCCCUUAAAACUGCUAACACCAGAAAUACUUUGUGCCUAAUAGUGGUAUUCUCACCAUA